AUGUCCAACAUGGAUAGAGACCUUGUCGAGAUGGGAAGCUGGGCGAACACCGCCCCGACCUUCCCAGCCGGAUCCGCCCUCGACCUCGACCUCUCCGAGCUCUCCGGCUCAACGCUCAACACGACCACCUUCCCAAACACGAGACCCACCAACGGCAACUCCCCUUCCCUCGAAGCCUAUCUCAAUGCCCCCCGCUCCUCCCAGCCAUGGUCCCCCGUUACGGCUAGUCGCCGCUAG